GGAAAGAAAAGUAAGAGAAGAUUAAAAUUGAAGGCGGAAAAAGUAAGAACUUUAACCAUGGUUGAAGGGAUUGGUUUAUUUAAACAAAUGCUAACCGUCAGAUUUUAAAAUGAACAAAUAUCAAAAUUUAAAUAUGCACUGAAUCAAUUGGAGAGAUUAUGUACUGGAGAGGAGCCUUGUCCAUCCGUUUGCUCUUGAAACAUUAUGCAAAAAGAUAAUUAUUUAUUAGUGGUACUUCCACUUUUUUGUUGGUUAUAUGUCAAUGCUGUAUGUAAGACAAUUGUUCACGACACACUCAACGUAUGUUGAUGGAUACUUAUGAUAAGAAUUUUACAAAAAACACCCAUUGUCGUGUUAUAAAUAACUAAUCAUUCUCAAUUUGUCCACUAUUACUAAGCUCUCUCUCUCAUCAAAGCUUUUUCAUUCAAUGGCCGGAAAAAGUAAGAUUUUGUUCAUUGGAGGUACUGGUUACAUCGGAAAGUUCAUCGUUGAAGCUAGUGCUAAAGCUGGUCACGACACGUUUGUCUUGGUCACGGAAUCAACUUCCAAUCCUACCAAAGCCAAACUCAUCGAUACGUUCAAGAGUUUUGGUGUCACCUUCCUCCAUGGUUAUUUAUAUAAUCAUGUGAGUUUAGUGAAUGCAAUAAAGCAAGUGGAUGUUGUGAUUUCUAUUGUAGGUCAUGACCUUUUAGCUGAUCAAGUCAACAUCAUUGCUGCUAUCAAGGAAGCUGGCAAUGUUAAGAGAUUCUUUCCCUCUGAAUUUGGGAAUGAUGUAGAUCGUCUCCAUACCGUUGAGCCUGCUAAAAAAUUAUUUAAUGCUAAAGCUCAAAUUCGCCGCGCUGUUGAAGCUGAAGGAAUACCAUUCACUUAUGUCGUCAGCUUCUUUUGUGCUGAUUUUUUUCUUCCGAAUUUGGCACAACCUGGACAUGUAGUUGGACCUUCAGCUGGUCCUCCCAAACACAAAGUUAUCAUCUUAGGAGAUGGCAAUACUAAAGCUGUUUUUAACAAAGGACAAGACUUUGCUACGUAUACCAUAAAGGCUGUGGAUGAUCCAAAAACACUUAACAAAAUCCUCUACAUCAAGCCUCCACACAAUAUAAUUACGUUAAACGAGUUGGUAUCGUUGUGGGAGAAGAAAACUGGAAAGAAUCUUGAAAGAAUAUAUGUGCCAGGGGAACAAGUUCUCAAGAACAUACAAGAAGCCUCAUUUCCGUUGAAUAUGGCAUUAUCAAUCUCUUACCCUGUUUUUGUGAAGGGUGAUCAUACUAAUUUUGAAAUUGAUCCAUCAUUUGGAGUUGAGGCAUCACAAGUCUAUCCUGAUGUUAAAUAUACACCGGUAGAUGAAAUACUCAACCAGUUUGUGUGAAAUUUUAUAUCAAUUCCUUCCUAUUAAGGAGCGGAAAAUUGCACAAGUACCUCCUAGACUAUGAUGGAAAUUUCAGAGACACACUUAACUAAACUAGGGUCCUAUUAACCCCGAACUGUUUUUUUUUUGUAAUUUUGUGCAUCUUCUGUCUUACAUGGCACACCCCGUGACUCCAUGCAAUUGAUGGAAGAUUUGGAUGUCACGUAAGCCAAAAAGUUCACAAAAUUAUCAAAAAAAUAAGUUCAGGAGGUAAUAAGACCUUAGUUUAGUUAACAUGUGUCUCUGGGAUUUCGGUCAUAGUCUAGGAAGGUAUUGUGCAUUUUCCGUUAAGGAGCUAAUUCCUAGUUUCAAUUUCUAUGAUGAAUAAUUGUUGUUUUCGGAUUCACGUAAAACAGUUGACAUGUUUUUAUAUUCUAUUGUUGAAAAGUUUCUUUAUUCUCAACUAAUUUUGUCUAA